AAUUGUUGUAUCAGGACGAAGUGGCGAUCGUAGUUGUGGUCUAAAGCUGUAGAAUCUCGAGAUCUAGCUGAAUGAAUUUACCGCGAGCUUGUGCCUGAAGACUCUUGUACAUAGAUCAUAGUGCGUAAGAAGUAAAAGCUACAUCUUCCUCGGAGAAAUUUUAGAGGAAAGCAAUCGUUACAUGGUUGCUUGGUGAUGUUUUGAUCGCGUCCAUAAUUUUAUCGAGCAGAUCACUGCAGGAAGGUGACCGCAAAGAAUCUACAUACGAUCCGUGAAAUUCCCGUGAAAGAUGAAGAAGUCCUCAUCAAAUCUGAAUGCUUCUACUCCCAGUGAGAUGAGAAGCGAGACGAAAGCAAGGUUUGCAAACAUAAUUUAUAUAGUUUCACGAUCUAAAGAUUUGAAAAAUAGAUUACGCAUAUUAAUUACAAAGUUAUAAAACGGUCGCAGAGCUUGGUUCUGAUUCAUCCAUUAAUGGAUAAUUCCCUUUUUUUGCGAGUCAAUUAUCAGAAUCGUCUGGUGGUUAUUCAAUGAGGCAGUUGUUUUUUCAUAAGGGACGGGGGGGGCACUUCCACUUCUCUGAGGUGGAUACAUCAAGGGUGACUAGAUGGGGGAGAGAGAGAAAUAGCAUCCUUCCUUCAGUAUGAGGCAGACCCUAAAAGGCAGAGAACCUUGCUUGUCAGCAGACAAUCAGAGCUGGCCUCAUUAAAACACAUAACAGAGUUAGCCCUCUCAUGAUCACUCUCUAGAUAUAAAUAUCAAUUCUUUACACAGUCUGUUAUGCUUUCCCAUUAGAAUUUGAGGAAUGAGAGUUUUCUGUCAAAUCAAUUAAUAUCCCCUACCGAUACUUAUCUUUCCUUUCGUAACCUUUUUGCACGAAAAUGUAUUGACAUUAUAAAGAGAAAUUUAUUUUCAUUCACUCCUGAGGGUGAAAGGGUUAACCCUUUCACUCACAUGAUCUGUUUGUUAAUUCUCCCCUCUAGCUGCUAGUCAUUUCCUUGUAGAUUAGUUACAAGAAUUUGGUAUUAGAUCAAGACAAAAACUUCUACCAGAUGAGUUACCUGUUUGCUGGAUAAUGUAUAGACAUCAUAAGCUGAGAAGUUUCAUGUUAAUUAUCUCUCACUUCUGAAUUAAAGGGUUAAACUAUGUACUGGUGUUACAUUUCAGGGACCAUGAAAACAAAGUUAUAGCAGAGAGAAUCAACCUUGCAGAGAGACAUUUCAGCAUGUUACUAAAAGAUUUUACAGCUUUUGCCACAGGACUGCAAUCCUUGCAAGAAAAAGGCAUGAAACUAUCGAAGAGUGUAGAUAUCUUUGCUGAUGAUGAGUACCCAUCAAUGAAAGCAAGUUUAGGUGGUAUCGGUGAAAGUAUAGCUGCAGUGCAGGACCAUAUGGGAGCCCAGGUAACAAGGAAUUUAUAGUUCCUUUUAUUGAUUAAAAAUCACCAAUAAUGUCUAUCUUUGCAGAGGGUUGCACAGGCUGGGUCCUGAUCUUAUUUCAUGCACAAAGUUUAGAAAAAUUCAAGCAUCAUAAAUUUUAAAUGGAAAACUAUAAUUUAUUAGCCUGCCUUGCCUUAGUUUCUGAAAACUUCACAUGUCUCAUUAAUUUUGGACUAAAUCAUGCAUCACUUAUAAACCCUUUGUUAUCCUCUUCCCAGUCUUGAAAAAAAAAAAGAUUAAAAGGGAUACCUGCAACCAUGGUCUUUUGUUUGCCAAGUGGUCCUUCCCUUGCCUCUCUUAAAUGUAGUUUGCUGACAACUUGACUGGAUCUUUGUUCUAAUGUGGAGUGGGACUAUAGAAUGUUUCCAUUUAUAAUUUGUUCAUGUUCUGUUAUCCUUAUUGUUAGUUAUGGUGGACUUAUUUUAGAGAACUGUUGGUGUUUGUAUGUUAAGAUUUCAUGCUUGCCACAAUUUUUAUGCCUCCCCAGCCCCCCCCCCUCCCCAUCUUGUUCCAAAAAAUUUCAAUGAUAAAAAUUUCCUUUUUACAGGUAGACUUCAUACAAGCAAAGGUUUCUCCCCCACUGUCCUUGAAUGCCACAAAUGUCAAACAUGCUAGAGAAUAUGUCAAGGAACUGGCUGUCACUAGAGAAAAAGAAUCAAUAAAACGCAAAGCAGUGGAUAAACUUAGGGUCAAAGAACCAAAGAACAAGGGAAAAAUUGUAUCCUUGAAUCCUCUUUAAGGCAAUUUCAAGGAUUCUUGUUCAAUAGCUAGACUUGAAUGGAUCCUAUUAGGGACAUAAAUUUGUUACAUAUUGAAUACAUACUGCAGUUUUAUUGUAAAUUGUUCAGUGAGAAUAUUAUUCUUAACCGUUAAACAGUCACAGGUGGGUGGCAACUUCAAUUCUAGUGGAUGAAGGCUUCAUUUAUGGUGGUAUUUCAAAGGAAAAUGUCCUAUUUCUUAUGGCUCUCUUGAAGAAUUAAGAGUAGACUUCAUAAUGCUUGCUGAUACAAAAACAGCAGUUUUUUUUCCAGUUAAAUAAUCUGUAAAUUUUUACAUUCCAGGCUGAGCAGGACCUGCAAAAGUUAACUGUUGAUGCUAACCGAUCAAGACAGACACUAGAAGAACAAAUGGUGGAAUUUGAAAGAAAGAAGAUUGAAGAUAUUAGGGUGAGAGUGUAUGCUGGUUGUAAUGGUGUCAAAGGACAAGGUAGUUAGUCAAAAUCAUAGAUCAAGUGAAUGCCUAUUUUUAGGUCUGUAAUAAAGUAUCAUAUCUUCUAUCUUCUAUCAUAUCCCCCAAUAUCAGGCUGAGUUCUCUGAUUAGCAUCUGCUUAAUCCUUUCACUCCCAUGAGUGACCAAGACAGAACUUCUCCUUACAAUAUUAAUAUAUUAUUAAGGGGACAACUUUUGAGAAUAAAGAAAAAAUAUCAGUUACGGAUUAUUACUUGAAAUAAUACCAGAUUUUUUAAAUUAGCAUCAUGAGAAUUGUAUCGCAAACGUUAACAGCAAAGAGAAUUACUAAAGAAAUCUGAGGAGUAAAAGGGUUAAUGAGCUGAAUAAACAAUUAAGCCUGAUAAACUCAAGAAAUAAAUGUAAUUUGAUAAAUUAUGGUAUCUUUACUUUUACAGCUAGUAUUUAGCAAUUUUUUUCAUGGUCAAAUGUUGUUUCAUGCAAAAGCACUGGAGCUCUAUACAACUGCAUUUCAAAGGCUGGGUUCUCUGGAUGAGGAGCAAGACAUAGAGGUAUUGUUAAUUCAGUACUUCAGCAUGCAUGUAUGUGUGUGAGAAAAAAUUAAAUUAUAGGCCAUUUUACAGUUGUGCUCUUAGUUGCCAAGCCUUUGAUUUGGAGUGAGGUUGAAGUUGACCAUGUUGUGAUAAAGACCAGUAUCUUGUUAGCAUGAUAACAAAGUCACUUACAUUUGAAAAGCAGCAAAGUUUGUAUCAUAACAAGGUCACCCUUAGCCUCACUCCUGUUCAAAGGCUUGGCAACCAAGCAUGCGACUGUUAAAUGGACUAUUGGCUCAUUGUGUGGGCCAGUGGGAAACAAAGCUGUUUUCUCAUACAUGUUUCUCUUUACAAAAACCAUCAAAUUGGUUGACACUUUUGUAGCAACAAGGCAAUUGUUACUCACUAUACAAAUUGAAUGUUGAAAAGUUAUGGUCAACAGGACUUUUUCCCUGUCUUUUUUUCUCAACUACCCAUUGCUCGAUUGUUCCAUCAUGGUGUUUUGAGGGGAGAAGGGUUCUCCUUUAAUGAAUGGUUAUUUAUAACCUUCAAGUUCCCAUACAAAACUGUUUACAAGGCUUAAAAUACUCAAAAUGAGGAAAAAGGAGCCCUGUUGGCAAAGGAGAUUUUCCUGCCUAGAGAAAUUUUUUGUUACUUGUUUAUUAGCUGUUCCCAGAAUUGUUGUCACAUUAUGAUCCAAUUAAACAAAAACACAAAGUGAAUUUCAUAUAAUUUUUCUUUUUUGAAUUUUGUUCUCUUUUGUCCUGAUUACCCAUCAUGCUCUUAAGGGGAUUGUUAGAUUUUUGCAUUUCUACACUUUGCAGAGUCUGAUAAGUUCUUUUUGUAUUCAACUCUUGGUUAUCAGAGGUAAAUCAGGGGGGGGGGAGGGAGGGUGCAAGGGGGUCUGAUCCUCCCCACCAUCAGACUUUUGGGGUUUUUUAACACUUGCCUGACAUCAAAGUAGUGCAGUGACAGGAUUUAUGUUACUACUCGAUAUGAAGUAUUUAAAUCGUAAGUUAUUUUGAAAUGAUAUUUUAUUGAAGCCAUAGUGAAAAAAUAAUUAAAUGAAAGUUAAGGACCCCCCUAUCAAAAAUUCAUACAUCCACCCCUGGCUAUGAUAAACUCUCGUUGUCUCCACUUGUCCAUAGGCAUUCCAGAAUGACCUUCACCCUGCAUCAUUUCCCUCUACCCUGGAUGUGGCGAAAAGUGGUUCUCAGACCUCGCUAAACCGAUUCAGCUCUCAAGGCUCGAUGGGAUCGCAACAGUCUUUAAACAGAACGGGGAGGAGUGACAGAGGUGUAGAUGGUGACGAGGAUACUAGCGAUUUCGAAUGACAGACUCUUCCUAUUGGCUGAACAGAAAAAGCACGAGCAUUGGCUGAGAGAGGAUUGUCAAUGUAAUAAACAAAGCAAGAACAAAGCAUCAGUCUUUGAGAGACAUAAUUUUGAACCCUGUAUUUGUCGUUAAGGCUCUACUAAACCUCUUCUGAGGGCUUGUUAAUUUCUAGGGCUUUUAGAUAAGGAGCUUUUCAGAGUGACGGAGAGAGAGAGAGGGAGAGAAGGAGGGCUCACCAAGAACUAACUCAUGGAGCCGAACUGCGAGUCGUUACUUUUCCUCUGACCUAUAGUUAGCCUCGAUUAAUAUCGAGUACUGCAUUUCUCUGUUAAGAAAACCUACUUUGAAUAAAACAGAAACUGACAAGACAACUUUAUUCUAAAACGUAACCUAGCCUAAAUGAACAGCUUCUAUUAGAUAGGAGGAAGAGGCAUAAGGCUUAUGACUGAGGAAAGAGAGGCUUAUUAGAGUGAUUUCGGUAUUUGAUACAUAUUUAUUUAUUUUUUAAAUGUAUUGAGAACCAGCCAUGGACAAAGUUUAAUGCAUGCUAUUACGUUAAAACUUACACCGUCACGUCUUCUCGCGAAGAAUGGGUAACUUCCAAGAC